CCUUAAAAAAUUGCCAUAAAAUCUUCAAAAUCCAAAAAACUGUCAACAUAACAUAACCCACAUUAUUUAUUAUUUUGGAAUAUUUGGAUGACCACAGAAUUUUACAAUAAAUUGCGAAAUAAAAAUGCCAUUUGUUAAAAAUACCAAUUAUCGCGACAUGCAUUUUGAAGACGUAUCUUCGACUGAUUUUUAUACAUACUACAAUUUAGACAACCUGAGAAAAGUUUGUAAAUUGAAUGCUGGACAAAUAACGAAAUGUAGAACCAUUGGAAUACUACAGAGCUUAAACGGGCGCUAUUAUUUAACCGAACUGGACAAACCUAAUCUUAUACCUGAAUUUAGAAUUCAAGUGUCUAUGGUUUACCUCAAAGAACCUGUACAUUCAACCCUAAUACCAUAUCCAGUACAAGUUUUUGGUACACUGCAGUGGAAAAAUCGACCUGUUAUUUUCGCCAAAAUACUGCAGAUGUUAACCAUACCAAUGGCUCUUAAAGCUAGAGACACAUUGAACUCAGUAACUACAAUACACCUAGCAAAACGAAGAAAACACAGUGAUUGUGACGACUUCACUUGAUUAUGUGCAAAAGAAAACAGUUAAAAAAUUUAAAAUAUGCAUAAUUUGUUUUCACAAUAGGUGGUGGUGGUAGUGUUUGAGGUCAUUAAAAAUAAACUCCGACGAAAUUACAACUGAGACAUAGACCUCAAGACUACAGUGAGUGGUGGCAUUCAUGGUGUAUCUCUGGGCUCUGGUAAUUACUUAACACCAGGUUCACCAUGAGCUCAUUCACCAGUCUGUCCAAUACAUAAAAAUAGCACAGCUGAACAGAAAUGGUAGAAUACUGGUAUCUGACAGGAUUACAAUCUCAAUAGUCUGUAAAUCUAAAGAUAAAUACUGCAGUAGUAUAAAAUAGAAUAAUAAAUAUGAUAUAUGAAAUAUAAUAAAUAUGUUGGAUUGUAAUUUUACACAGCAUUAGUAGCAAUUAUGUAUUUAAAAACAAAACAAAAUUUAAAAGGGAUGCAUGUUUAUUAAACCUUAAAUCAAAUACAACAGUAAAAAUUGUGAUCAAACUCAACAUUCCAUCACCAACAUACACAAUUAAUAUGUGAGAAACAAUAAUAAGAUGUGCCUGAUUACCUACUUUAUGAAUGACCUGACCAAUAAUACAUAAUAAAAUUAUUAUAAUAACUCUAA